CCGUUCAAAGAGGGAAGAGCGUUGACCCGCCACCAGUAAUUUUUGGCGCCAGGGACUGUUUGUGCCUUCCCUGGCCCUACUGAGUGCCGAACUGGCGACUAUUAUGUCCUCCUCCUUCCUCCCAACCAGUGAGAGUGCCUGCUGAGGGGGACAGAGAGAAGCUGAAGGGAAUAGAAAGGAGGAGGUGGCCUAGAAAACGAGGAUAAAUAAGUACCGGUUGCACAAUUCACAGGAAGGAGAGGGAAGGCAGGGAAUUAAAAUCUGUACCGGGAUCAACAAGACAUGAAGACACAGAUAGAAUGAAAGUGACCCAUAUGGAAACAACCUUGGCGGGAAACUGGAAACGGAGGGAAAAAUUGAGAAUACCGAGCAAGGAAGAUUGAGGAAACUGUACAAGGCCUCAAAUGAACUAAAAUCUGUACUGGGAUUAGCAAGACAUGAAGACACAGAUAGUAUGAAAGUGAGCCAUAUGGAAACAACCUUGGUGGAAAACUGGAAACGGAGGGAAAAAUAGAGAACACAGGUGAAGGAGUAAGGACCUAGGAAACUGUACAAGGCCUCAAAGGAACUGGAAACUAUACCGGGAUAAGAGAUAAAGACACAGAAAAUAUAAAACUGAGCCAUAUGGAAACAACCUUGGUGGAAAACUGGAAACGGAGGGAAAAAUAGAGAAUACAGAGGAAGGAAGAUCAAGGAGUAAGGACCUAGGAAGCAAUACAAGGCCUCAAAGAAACUGUAAACUAUGCCGGGAUAAGAGAUAAAGACACAGACAAUAUAAAACUGAGCCAUAUGGAAACAAUCUUGGCGGAAAACUGGAAACGGAGGGAAAAACAGAGAAUACCGAGGAAGGAAGAUCAAGGAGUAAGGACCUAGGAAACUGUACAAGGCGUCAAAGGAACUGGAAACUAUACCGGGAUCAACAAGAGACAGACACGGACAAUAUUCUUGGCGGAAAACUGGAAACAGAGAGGAAAAUAGAGAAUACGGAUGAAGAAAGACCAAGUAGUAAGGACCUAGGAAACGGUACAAGGUAUCAGAGGUUUAUAGAAGAGGAGGAAAAGCCUGCCCGAGACACUAUGCCAGGGGUGAAGAGAGCCAGGGAUAAUGAACGGGAGGACCACGAGACUGAGAACGAGGAGGAACAGGACUCCGAUAGUGACCGCAGUUCCCUUGAUGAGUCCAUAUCCUCAGAAGGCACAGAGUCGGAUGAUUCCUCUGAGUUGGACGAAGAGGAGUGUGACCGACGGCGAGGAGAGUACCUGACCGACCUUUCCGACCUAGAGAGACAGUUUUCACUCCUCCGAGAACAACUCUAUCGGGAGAGGGUGACACAGGUGGAGGCCAAGCUGGAGGAGGUGAGGGUGGGCGAAGCUGCCGAGUACCUCAUUCCCCUGGAGGAGCUGCAGGAGGGGCGGCGUGUCAGGCUGGAGGUGGCUUAUGUCCUCCGUCAGUUCCGCCUGCAAAACAUCACCAACAAAUAUGAGGCUGAGAAAUCGGCGGCAAUGCAGAAUUUUGAGAAUGAGAAGGUGAUGCUGUGGGACUUGAUAGAGAGUGAACUCGAGGACAAAAUCCGUCGGCUGGAGGAGGAUCGCAACAAUGUGGACGUGACGAGCCAAGUUUGGGCGGAACAGAACCUACACAGGAAGCGACGCAGGCACAGACAGGGCUCAAACAGCUCUACAGACCACAAGAGGAAGAAGCCAACCACGGUAGCGGGGCCGUACAUCGUGUACAUGCUGCGUGAGCCAGACAUCGUGGAUGACUGGACCAUGAUCAAGAAGGCUCUCACUGCCUCCAAGCGCAAAAACAAAUUUGGAAAAAUCACUUCUCCACGUCACUAUACCGAAGGCCUCUCCUUGUAAGAUUGGUUGUUCUUUGACUUUGAAGGAAGUGCUCAUGUGAUUUGCAAGCUUGGAUGAACCAUGCAUCAAGUGUUUGAGUGGGAAACCCUAACACAGUUUUGGGAAGCCAAAUUGAUAGCUGUUAAGUGACAUUUUAUUAGGGAAUCAAUCUCCUAGAUAUUGCAUUUAUAUUUUUGUCAGUGCUUCUUUUCUUCUAUAUCUCUGACCCUCAGUUUACAUUCACAUUCCCUUAUGUUUCCCUCACUCCAUAUGACUUUACACAUAAUUUACACAGUUUUUAUCACUGUUUGACUUUUCUGAGUUGGUGAUAAUUCUUUUCACAACUUUCUCAAUUGCUGCAUUAUAUUGGAAGGUCACUGGAUCUUAUGGUCAAUAUGUUUUAAUUCAGUUAAAGAUGCAAUUUUGAGUGUAUUUUGGCUAAACUGUUGAUCAUGAGCAGGGAGAUCAAUCUUGUGAGGUGAGAAUGUGUUCAACCACCAGCCUAGAGAUUGGAGAGAGCCGAUGGUGUUCUGGCUCAUGUUGCCUUUGGUCACACUGUAUAAAUAUUUUUUUGUGGUUUGAUAUUAAAACUGAAAAUACCUAA